CUAUUCAAAUAGCAACACUCAUCAUCCUUCCCAAACCAAAAUCCCAAAUUCCUGCUACACCACUCUCACCAUGAAUCCAAUCCUUCUCCUUCUCCUUCUCCUUCUCCUCUUCUCCCUUCAGGCCACCCUCUCCCACGCCACCACAGCCUACCCUUCCAUUCCGGGCACCACCCCCGUCGACGUCUCCUCCGGCGCCACCGCCUCCAACCUGAUCCCCCCUCGCCGCGAAGUCCACGGAAACGGCCGAAUCUUCGACAUCACCCACCGCUACAGCCCCGACAUGCCGGCGUUUGGCUCCGCCGACGGCGUCGGCCAGUUCCUCUGGCUCCCCCACAGCAUGAAGAACGGCUCCAUUGCUAACAACUCCGAGAUGAAGCUCCCCACCCACACCGGGACCCACGUCGACGCCCCCGGCCACUUCUUCGAUCACUACUUCGACGCCGGCUUCGACGUCGACACGCUCGACUUGGAUGUCCUUAAUGGUGAGGCAUUGUUAGUUGAUGUUCCGAGGGAUAAGAACAUUACUGCUGAAGUCAUGGAGGGCUUACAUAUUCCCAAGGGCGUGCGUCGAGUACUUUUCAGAACUUUGAACACAGAUAGACGGCUUAUGUUCCAAAAGGAGUUUGACAGCAGCUACGUGGGAUUCAUGGAGGAUGGAGCCAAGUGGUUGGUGGAGAACACUGACAUCAAACUUAUUGGAAUUGAUUACUUAUCUGCUGCUGCAUGUGAUGAUUUGAGUCCGGCUCACCUUGUUUUGCUAGAAGGCAGGGAAAUCAUCCUCGUGGAAGCCCUAAAACUUGAUGACAUCCAACCAGGAAUAUAUUCUGUCCAUUGCUUACCUUUGAGGUUGCAAGGUGCAGAAGGAUCACCAAUCCGAUGCAUUCUUAUCAAAUGAGCUGACUCCUUUUAUAUCCUUGAAACAGCAACAGCCCCAGGAAAAGUUGCAUAGCAAUGAAACGGACAGCAUCCGAGUUCUUGCAAGGAAUGGAAACGACGUGAGAAGAAGAAACACAAUGUACCAUAUGCACACGAAUACCGUAGUAAUGUUAAUAGCGUGUAAGCAUUAUAUGAAACAAGAAAUGUAAUGUAAUGUAAGAAACAAGAAAUGUAAUGUAAUGUGACUGGAGGAGGUGGUGGUUGAUUCAUUAAAUAAAAAAACCUCCACCAUCAUAUGUACAAGUCAACAGUGGAGCUUGAAUUUGUAAGGGUUCAUCUAUUUGUAUCCAACUUAUUUCUAAGUAGACCCAGCAUUCAUACC